UCCAUCAUGGCGGCGUCCAGGGGCUCAAGCCGCACGUGAGAAAGAGUUUGGACACCUGGGAAUCCUACAGCGCUAGUGUGUCAGCCAAUUUCUGCUCCGUACUGUCGGUUGCUUCCCUCCCACCGUUCUCCAAGCCCUCGCGGGCUACUGCCCCUCUGCAAUCAUGAAGAUAAAGCCCGUUUCCCACAAGACCGAGAACACACAUCGGUUUCUUACAUUUGCCGAACGAUUGGGGAAUGUGAAUAUCGAUAUUAUUCACCGGAUUGAUAGAACGGCGAGCUAUGAUGAGGAGGUUGAAACCUACUUUUUUGUGGGUCUGCUGAAAUGGAGAGAAUUGAAUCUCACGGAACACUUUGGGAAAUUUUACAAAGAAGUUAUUGACAAAUGCCAGUCAUUCAAUCAGCUGGUCUAUCAUCAAAACGAGAUAGUUCAGAGUUUGAAGACUCACCUGCAAAUCAAGAACAGUUUUGCUUAUCAGCCCCUUUUGGAUUUGAUUGUGCAGUUGGCACGAGAUCUGCAGACAGACUUCUAUCCACAUUUUCCGGAUUUUUUUCUGACGAUCACCUCAAUCCUGGAGACUCAGGACACUGAGCUGUUGGAAUGGGCUUUCACCUCGCUUUCGUAUCUUUACAAGUACCUGUGGAGGCUCAUGGCAAAGGACAUGUCCAGCAUAUACAGCAUGUAUAGUACACUCCUGGCUCAUAAAAAACUACAUAUAAGAAAUUUUGCUGCUGAAAGCUUUACAUUUUUGAUGAGAAAGGUUUCUGAUAAAAAUGCACUUUUCAAUUUAAUGUUUCUUGAUCUUGAUGAACAUCCAGAAAAGGUAGAAGGAGUUGGACAGUUGCUCUUUGAAAUGUGCAAAGGAGUGAGAAACAUGUUUCACUCCUGUACAAGAGAGGCAGUGAAGCUAAUUUUGCAAAAGCUAGGACCAGUCACUGAAACAGAAACUCAACUACCAUGGAUUUUAGUUGGAGAAACUCUCAAAAACAUGGUCAAAUCCGCUGCGUCCUACAUCCACAAGGAACAUUUUGGUACAUUUUUUGAAUGUUUACAAGAAUCACUCCUGGAUCUACAUACAAAAGUAACCCAAACUAACAGUGGUGAAAGUUCUGAACAGAUUAAAAGGUUAUUAGAAACAUAUCUGAUUCUUGUGAAACACGGAAAUGGAUCAAAGAUAACCAAGCCCGUUGAUGUUUGUAAGGUAUUGACUCGAACAUUACAAAUUACCCAUCUCUCCACAUCUUGCCGGCAGACCCUCUUGGAUAUAAUUUCUGCUUUGCUCCUGGGCGAAAAUGUUUCCUUGCCAGAAUCCCUCAUCAAAGAAACCACAGAAAAAACUUUUGAGAGCCAAUUUGAAAGACGUUUAAUUUUGGAUUUUUCUGAAGUCAUGUUUGCUAUGAAGCAGUUUGAGCAGCUUUUUCUACCCAGCUUUCUCUUAUAUAUUGAGAAUUGCUUCUUGAUCGAUGAUGCUGCAGUCAGAGAUGAAGCUCUGGCCAUUUUGGCCAAGCUCAUCCUGAACAAAGCAGCACCUCCCACUGCUGGCUCGAUGGCAAUUGAGAAGUACCCUCUGGUUUUCUCACAGCAGACGGUGGGAUCCUAUCUAAGGCAGCAGAAGACCAGAUCCAAAGGAGGAAAGGAACAGACCCCAGUAUUGGACCAUCUUUUAUCUAUCAUUCAGUUACCCCCAAAUAAAGAUACUACUUUCCUUUCAAAUUCUUGGGCAGCCCUUGUCGUGUUACCUCAUAUUAGACCUCUUGAGAAGGAGAUGGUGCUACCACUGGUCACGUGCUUCAUAGAGUCACUCUUUACGACUGUUGACAGAGGGAGCUUUGGAAAAGGAAACUUAUUUGUUCUUUGUCAAGCUAUAAAUACUCUGCUAAGUUUGGAAGAAUCUUCUGAACUACUUCAGCUGGUCCCUGUGGAACGUGUGAAGAAUUUAGUACUAGCGUUGCCUCUGGAGCCAUCUGUGUUGCUGUUGGCUGAUCUCUAUUAUCAGAGAUUAUCCUUAUGUGGCUGCAAAGGGCCGCUUUCUGAGGAAGCGUUAAUGGAAUUAUUUCCCAAGUUACAAGCAAACAUUUCAACGGGCAUAUCCAAGAUUCGGCUUUUGACAAUAAGGAUUCUAAACCACUUUGAGGUUCGACUUCCGGAACUAAUGGAGGAUGACGGGCUCGCAGAGCGUCCGUCUGCCUUUGCUAUAUUGCGCCAGGCAGAACUUGUUCCGGCAACUGUGAAUGAUUACAGAGAAAAGCUCCUUCACCUGAGGAAACUAAGGCAUGAUGUGGUGCAGACUGCAGUCCCCGAGGGGCCGCUACAGGAGGUGCCGCUUCGUUAUUUAUUAGGCAUGUUAUAUGUGAACUUCAGUGCUCUCUGGGAGCCGGUUAUUGAGCUCAUAAGUUCUCACGCACAUGAAAUGGAAAAUAAGAAGUUUUGGAAAGUCUACUAUGAACAUCUAGAAAAAGCAGCUACACAUGCUGAGAAAGAACUGCAAAAUGACAUAAGAAAUGAGGAGAAGUCCAUGGGAGAUGAAAGUUGGGAGCAGACUCAGGAAGGAGAUGUUGGAGCCCUUUUUUUUGAGCAGUUAACCUUGAAAACCAACUGUCAGGAAAGACUGGACCACACCAAUUUUCGAUUUUUGCUCUGGCGAGCUCUCGCAAAAUUCCCGGAAAGGGUAGAGCCACGGUCCAGGGAGCUUUCCCCACUUUUCUUGAGGUUUAUCCACAACGAGUAUUACCCGGCAGAUCUGCAGGUUGCUCCAAGCCAGGACCUGCGAAGAAAAGGCAGAGGGGUGGCAGCAGAGGACAGAGAAGAGGAACCUGCUGCUGGAGACGAUGACGAGGCGGAGGAGGAGGGGGUGCCCCAAGAUGAACCCUCCCCUAAGAAAAGGACGAGAAGAGCUGCCGCAAAGCAGUUAAUUGCUCAUCUACAAGUUUUCUCUAAAUUUUCGAAUCCACGGGCCUUAUAUCUGGAAUCCAAACUAUAUGAGCUGUAUCUUCAGGUAAGUACAAUAAAUUCUCGCCACUGCAAUUCUUUAAUUUUGUAUGGUCGAAUGAAAAAUAAGACUGGGAGUAAAACUCAGGGGAAAUCUGCCUCAGGCACAAAGGAAGCUAUAAUUAUAAAUAGUAGCAAAGGAAUAUUUCCUUUUACAUGAUGUCUCCAUUCCUCUGUUUCAACAGGAGAAUGCCACACUGCUGUCAUUCAGGCAGUAGAAGAUUUGGAUCUGUCUAAAGUCCUUCCUUUAGGUCGUCAGCAUGGUAUCUUAAAUAGCCUCGAAAUAGUGUUGAAGAACAUUAGUCAUCUGAUCAGCACAUACUUACCAAAGAUUUUGCAGAUAUUGCUCUGCAUGACAGCAACCGUAUCGCAAAUCCUUGACCAACGAGAAAAGAUACAGCUGAGGCUUAUUAACCCACUGAAAAAUUUAAGACGUCUUGGAAUCAAAAUGGUAACUGACAUCUUUUUGGAUUGGGAGUCCUACCAGUUCAGAACGGAAGAGAUUGAUGCUGUGUUCCAUGGUGCAGUUUGGCCCCAGAAGGUUACCCCACUUAAUCCAUGGAUCAGCAAGUUUAUGAAAGACAAAGAACAAAGUUCUCUGCUCAUUACUCUCCUCCUCCCUUUCCUCCACCGUGGCAAUAUCGCUGAGGAGACAGAGGUCGAUAUUCUGGUGACAGUACAAAAUCUGCUGAAACAUUGUCUGGAGCCUCCAAGCUUCCUCAGGCCUCUAGCAAAACUCUUCUCAGUAAUUAAGAACAAGCUGUCAAGACAAUUGCUUUGCACAGUUUUCGAGACUCUUUCUGAUUUUGACAGUGGGUUAAAAUAUGUUACUGAUGUUGUCAAGCUUAACGCCUUUGAUCAAAGGCAUCUCGAUGAUAUCAACUUUGACGUUCGCUUCUCAGCCUUCCAGACCAUCACCACUUAUAUUAAAGAGAUGCAAACCGUGGAUGUUAACUACCUCAUUCCAGUUAUGCAUAAUUGUUUCUAUAACCUGGAGUUAGGAGACAUGUCUUUAAGUGAUAAUGCCAGCAUGUGCCUGAUGAGUAUCAUCAAAAAGCUAGCUGCCUUGAAUGCCACAGAGAAAGACUAUAAAGAAAUCAUUCAUCGUUCACUCCUGGAGAAACUGAGGAAAGGCUUGAGGAGCCAGACAGAGAGUGUUCAUCAGGAUUAUACCACACUGCUUUCCUGUUUAAUUCAAACCUUUCCAAAUCAACCAGAAUUUAAAGACUUGGUACAGCUCACUGACUUCCAUGAUCCAGAAAUGGACUUCUUUGAGAAUAUGAAGCACAUUCAGGUAGAAGACAGCUCUGCUNCAAUAACAAAAGGUGAAUACAAAUAUUUCCCUUUCCUGGCAAAGCAGAAACCUGGGCACCCGGAAUGUGAUAUCCUGACCAAUGUUUUUGCGAUUCUCUCAGCAAAGAAUCUGUCUGACACCACAGCCAGUACUGUGAUGGACAUAGCUGAUGACCUUCUUUCCCUUCCAGAUUUCGAGCCCACAGAAACAGUUCUGAGCUUGCCCGUAACUGGAUGCGUAUACCCAGAAAGCACAGAUGAGUCUAUCACAAUAGGAGGACGAUUAAUUCUACCUCAUGUACCUGCAAUUCUGCAGUAUCUCAGCAAAACCACAAUAAGUACCGAAAAGGUGAAGAAGAAAAAGAACAGGGCACAAGUCAGCAAGGAACUUGGCCUUCUUUCAAAUUUACAGUAUGAAAAUAUAACCAUUGCUGCCACCGAGAUUAUUGGAGCGAUUUGCAGACAUCUCUCUUGGUCAGCAUAUGUAUAUUACUUGAAACAUUUCAUUCAUGUCUUACAGACAGGACAGAUCAACCAAAAGUUGGGUGUCAGUUUGCUAGUAACAGUGUUAGAAGCAUUCCACUUUGACCACAAAACUCUUGAAGAACAAAUGAGAAAAAUUCAGAAUGAAGAAAGCACAGUAGACGAGACUGAGCUGCCAGAGCAUGAAGCCAUGGAGCUAGAGCACGUGGAGGAGGAAGAGAAGGAAACCAGAUGUAAGAGUGUGUCCGACAACAAUGAAGACCUAGGAAAUCCUGAGCCAGCAGAUUGUGCAGGAACAGCAGCUGAUGAAAACGAGUGUAUCGUCAAGCCCAUCCCUUCCCUUCCUCAGAGUAAGGAAGAAUUGGAGAGAACAAUAAAAAAUAUCCAAGGAACCAUAACCGGGGAUAUCCUACCCCGACUACAUAAAUGCCUGGCAUCUGCGUCAAAAAGGGAAGAAGAACACAAGCUCAUAAAAUCCAAGGUUGUGAAUGACGAGGAAGUAGUUCGAGUUCCUUUAGCUUUUGCCAUGGUUAAGCUAAUGCAGUCCCUCCCACACGAAGUUAUGGAAACUAAUCUGCCAAGUAUUUUGCUGAAAGUGUGUGCCCUCCUCAAGAACAGAGCACAAGAAAUCAGAGACAUUGCACGCAGCACUCUUGCAAAAAUAAUAGAAGAUCUGGGUGUGCACUACCUACAAUAUAUUUUAAAAGAAUUACAGACUACCCUUGUCCGUGGAUAUCAGGUCCACGUGCUGACUUUCACUGUUUACAUGUUGCUGCAUGGCCUCACCAACAAGCUACACGUCGGGGAUUUGGACUCUUGUUUAGAUAUAAUGAUUGAGAUUUUUAACCACGAGUUGUUUGGUGCCAUUGCUGAAGAGAAAGAAGUAAAGCAGAUCCUCUCCAAAGUCAUGGAGGCACGAAGAAGCAAGAGUUACGAUUCUUAUGAAAUCCUGGGCAAAUUUGUAGGAAAAGAUCAGGUUACAAAACUUAUCCUUCCACUGAAAGAGAUCUUGCAAAAUACCACGAGUUUAAAAUUGGCCCGGAAAGUUCAUGAAACCUUACGCCGAAUCAUUGCAGGAUUAAUUGUCAAUCAGGAAAUGACAGCAGAAUCCAUUCUGUUGCUCAGUUAUGGAUUGGUCAGUGAAAAUCUCCCCCUAUUAACAGAGAAAGAAAAAAAUCCAUCAGCCCCUGCACCAGAUCCCCGUCUGCCACCCCAGAGCUGUCUUCUGCUACCCCCAACUCCAGUUCGAGGCGGGCAGAAAGCUGUUGUGAGCAGGAAAACUAACAUGCACAUAUUCAUUGAGUCUGGGCUUCGGCUGCUGCAUCUGAGCCUGAAGACUUCCAAGAUCAAGUCUUCAACUGAACAUGUUCUGGAAAUGUUGGAUCCUUUUGUGUGUCUCCUCAUAGACUGCCUGGGUUCCAUGGACGUGAAGGUUAUCACAGGCGCUUUACAAUGCCUGAUCUGGGUCUUGAGGUUUCCUCUGCCUUCCACAGAAACAAAAGCGGAGCAGCUUAUAAAACACCUUUUCCUUUUGUUGAAAGACUAUGCAAAACUCGGAGCUGCCAGGGGCCAGAACUUCCACCUGGUAGUAAAUUGUUUCAAGUGUGUGACCCUACUUGUGAAGAAGGUGAAGUCUUACCAGAUCACCGAAAAGCAGCUCCAAGUUCUACUAGCAUAUGCUGAGGAGGACAUUUAUGAUACUUCAAGACAGGCCACUGCGUUUGGUCUUCUGAAGGCCAUUUUAUCAAGGAAGUUGCUGGUCCCAGAAAUCGAUGAUGUCAUGCGAAAAGUAUCCAAGUUGGCAAUUUCUGCCCAAAGCGAACCUGUCCGAGUCCAGUGCAGACAGGUUUUUCUGAAAUAUAUUCUCGACUAUCCUCUGGGUGAUAAAUUGAGACCAAACUUGGAGUUCUUGGUCGCUCAACUAAAUUAUGAACAUGAGACUGGGAGAGAGUCUGCCUUGGAAAUGAUGGCUUAUCUCUUUGACACGUUCCCUCAGGGGCUGCUCCAUGAGAACUGUGGAAUGUUCUUCAUUCCUCUUUGUCUAAUGAUGGUGAAUGAUAACUCUGCCAUGUGUAAAAAGAUGGCAUCCAUGACGAUCAAAUCCUUACUCAGUAAAAUCAACCUUGAGAAAAAAGAUUGGCUCUUCGAUAUGGUCACCACCUGGUUUGGAGCAAAGAAGAGCUUAAGUAAACAACUUGCUGCCCUGAUCUGUGGCUUGUUUGUGGAAAGCGAAGGCGUCACUUUCGAGAGAAGACUUGGAAUUGUCCUCCCUGUGAUUGAGAAGGAAAUGGAUCCUGAGAACUUUCAAGAUAUCGUGGAAGAGACUGAAGAAAAAGCUGCGGAUCGCCUUCUGUUUAGUUUUCUGACACUGAUGACUAAACUCAUCAAGGAUUGCAAUAUCAUUCAGUUCACCAAGCCCUAUGAGACUUUGAGUAAAAUCUGGAGUCACGUGCACUCCCACCUGAGACAUCCCCACAGCUGGGUGUGGCUCACCGCGGCCCAGAUUUUUGGAUUGCUCUUUGCCUCUUGCCAACCAGAGGAGCUUAUUAGAAAAUGGAAUGCCAAAAAAACUAAAAAGAAACUCACAGAGCCUGUAGCAUUCAGGUUCCUAACAAGUGACCUUGACCAAAAGAUGAAAAGUAUCUCCCUAGCCUCUUGCCAUCAGUUACAUUCCAAAUUCUUGGAUCAGUCUCUGGGAGAGCAGGUUGUUAAGAAUUUGCUGUUUGUAGCCAAAGUCUUGUAUUUACUGGAACCCGAUUCUGGGGCUAAGCAAGGUGAGAUGAAGGAGCACGUGGAGGAAGAAGCCGCUGUAGGCGAUGGCGUGGCCGGAGAGGAUGCAGACGACGAGGCCUGUGCACGCGAGAAGGCAGAAGCUGACAAAGACGAGAAGGAAGAGCACAGCCGGCCGGCCACGCUGCUGCACUUGAUCCAGAAGUUGUCCCGGAUUGCAAAGCUGGAAGCUGCUUACUCACCGAGAAACCCCUUAAAGAGAACCUGCAUCUUUAAGUUUCUCGGAGCUGUGGCCAUGGACCUUGGCGCAGACAAGGUGAAGCCGUACCUCCCGGUGAUCAUAGCCCCUUUGUUCCGGGAACUGAACAGCACCUUUGCGGAACAGGAUCCUUCGCUGAAGAAUCUAUCCCAGGAAAUCAUAGAAUUACUCAAAAAGCUGGUUGGGCUGGAGAGCUUCUCAUUAGCCUUUGCUUCUGUACAGAAACAGGCUAAUGAGAAAAGGGCACUCCGGAAAAAGAGGAAGGCUUUGGAGUUUGUAACUAAUCCUGAUAUUGCCGCCAAGAAAAAGCUGAAGAAACACAAAAAUAAAAGUGAAGCAAAGAAGAGAAAGAUAGAGUUCCUGCGUCCCGGAUAUAAGGCCAAGAGACAAAAGAGCCACAGCCUGAGAGACUUGGCAAUGGUGGAGUAAAGUAGCCCUGUGCUGAGUGUUCCGGCUUCCCCCAAAGUAUGGCCUUGCCAGUUAGCUGCUGGUCUGACAUCACAGCAGGUUUUAUUAUUUAAGUUAAACUUUGGCAGAGAUUGUAUAUUAUUUUACAGUUAAUGUAAUGCUCAUAUUUUUUAAUUAAAACAUUUCAUAAUA